UUGAGACUGAAUAUGUUUUGGACCGACUUGGCUUCCCACACGUGCACGACAUACGCCACUCGAGAGUACACCGCCCGAUUGGUGAACAUUCCAUCAUGCUAUAACCGCCGUGUAGAGGCUUGCAUGGCUACACCGGUAAAGAUCCACGGCGCUGAAUACACGCCUAAGUGGUGUGAGGAUCAUGGUCCAAACAAUGUAACAGGUCAUUGGGAAGUCGGCCAGCAUGAGCCGGAUUGCGCGCCGUACUGGAGCUGGUACAAAGAUUUUGUUUUUGACGGUAUGCAGCGUAUUGAACAUUAUCUCGAGAACCUCCCGUCUGGAGGUGAUUGGAAGGAGUUUUGUGCUACCACUCCUGUCAGUUUCCGUGGGAUGCAUUUCACGGGGGCAGAAUUCUACUUCCAAAAGAACUAUGGGACAUACGGCCACUGGGUUUUUGAUGAUGAAAGCUGCAAGUAGCCAAGUCACGAUCAUAACCACUCGAUGUCGGACAAGGAAAAGAAUGUAUUAAUACUGGACACAGAUGUAAAUUUAUGGUUUCGAGUAUAUACUCAAGGGAUGGCAGAUCAUGUAGAAUUUCUGGCCGGCGUGCACCAGUGCAGACUGAUAUCUCGUGCCAUAUAGUGAGGUCGAUA